UAUCCCCAUUCGUUCGUGCCUCCUUCUCCAUUCCUCAUCUUCCCCACCUGCCAUUCAUUCACUUUCCUCAUCCGACUACGCUCACUCCUCUCUCGCUUUUUGUUGCCAUCCUUAACUCCGUAAAGAUAUAAUGGCCAAGGAAGGCUCACGUAGGGUUGAUCCAGGUCCAACCAUCGGGUCGCUGACAACUAUCAAAAUCAAAACGCAGGAUGCUCCUCUGCAGUUGUCAGGCGUCCUGCAGUCCACCAACCAUAGCUCUCGCAGACUUGGAAUCAUUUGUCACGGAGUCCUUGGGCACAAGAAUUAUCUCUUCCAGCCAAUGCUCGCCAAUAUGUUAGCCCCUUACAUGGACACAUUCCGCUUCGAUUUCAGAGGGAAUGCCGACAGCGAAGGACAAAUGGGUUACUCCAACUGGGACGAUGACUACAACGACAUUGAUUCAGUUGUCAAGUACUUUGAGCAGCAGGGCUACCAUAUUUAUGCCUUGAUCGGCCACUCUCGCGGCGCCAUCUCGAGUCUCAACUACGCGGCUGUAUCGAACCAUGUCCCGCUGAUUCCCUACAUAAUCAGUAUCAGCACGCGUUUUGAUAUGACAGAUGUUAGACGCAGGCACGGCCAGCAAAUCCUGACACUUCUUGAGGAGCAGGGUCACUUCGACUGGGAGGCGAGGGCUGCAGGAAAAGAUGUGUCUAUCCGCGUAACCAAGAAGAACUUUGAUGAUUUCAUCCAGUUCAACACAGCUGCUGUGGCCAACAUUCCUUCCAUGACCAACAUUUUGCUCUGCCAUGGAUCCGAGGAUGCCGUUGUCCCGGUCAAAGAUAUUGCCACUCUACAUGGUCUGCUAUCGCAUGCUAGAACAUCAUUACGCAUUAUCACAAACGCUGACCACAACUACAGGAGACACACGCAAGAGCUUUCAGAAACUAUUGCGCGGUACUUUUCUGCGGAAGGCCGAAAGGAAGAGUGGCUCCGUCGCGUUCGACCGAGCUGGAAGACCUGGGUCAAUGCUGUUGGCGGAGUACUUAACUUUAGAACCGUCGGUGAUAUCUGGAUCCCUUCGACGACCGACCAUACUCUCAACUACAUGCGUCCUGGACUCAUCUAUCGCUGUGCAGACAUUUCGGGCCCCACUCCGGAAGGAAUUGCCGUCCUUGAGGCUUUGAAUAUUACGGAUGUUUAUGAUCUGAGAUCCACUCCCGAGGCUGAGCGCAGGCCCACGUUUCAGACAGACAAGAUCAAGCGACACCACAUCCCAGUCUUUUCUGAAGAAGACUACUCCCCGGACAAGAUCGCUAUUCGAUUUGGCAUGUAUAUGGGAGGAACUGACGGCUUCUCAGAAGCCUACAUGACCAUGCUGCCCAAUGUCCGUCGGUUCUUCCCACCUAUCCUCGAGCACAUCGUGAACAAGCGAACCCCGUUUGUUGUUCACUGCACCGGUGGAAAGGACAGGACAGGCGUGGUCUGUGCGAUGCUGCAGAUGAUUUGCGGUGUGGAUGAGGAGUUGAUUGCAUGGGAGUACGAGCUAACCCAUCUUUGUCAAGCCAUCAAGGAAGACGAUGUUAAACAUGUGCGUGCUGCUCUGGGUGAGGGUGCUACAGAAGAUCGUGUCCGUGGUCUCCUUUCAGCAAAGGCUGAAUAUAUGUUCCGAUUUCUUGAACGAUUCCAUGCUAAGUACGGCACCAUCCAUGAUUUUCUGAUGAGCGAGCUGAAUAUGACCAUGGAGCAGAUUCAUGCUGUUCGCGAUGCUUUGGUCGUCAAGAUCCCUGUUCCUCGUGCAGCUCUUUAAGCCGUGAUCAAAUGAGCGAUAUCGAUGUAGAACAAUGAGUGUCCAUGUUCAGUGCCUGAUAAAUAAAAAUCUUACAUGUUGUUAAGCGAUGACAGCG